GCCAAUUAAUGUGUGCUCUUCCUUACCAGGUGCUGCCUACAAACUGGUGUGUUAUUUCACCAGCUGGGCACACAGUCGGCCAGGCCCCGCCUCCAUCUUGCCCCAUGACCUGAACCCCUUUCUCUGCACCCACCUGAUAUUUGCCUUUGCCUCAAUGAACAACAAUCAGAUUGUUGCUAAGGAUCUCCAGGAUGAGAACAUUCUCUAUCCAGAGUUCAACAAACUAAAGGAGAGGAACAGAGAGCUGAAAACGCUGCUGUCCAUCGGCGGGUGGGAUUUUGACACCUUAAGGUUCACCACUAUGUUGUCCACAUUUGCCAACCGUGGAAAGUUUAUUGCUUCAGUUAUAUCCCUUCUGAGGACACAUAACUUUGAUGGUCUUGACCUUUUCUUCUUGUAUCCUGGGCUAAGAGGCAGUCCCAGGCAUGACCGGUGGACUUUUCUCUUCCUAAUUAAAGAGCUCCUGUUUGCCUUCCAGAAGGAGGCACUGCUCACCAUGCGCCCGAGGCUGCUACUGUCUGCUGCUAUUUCUGGGGUCCCACACAUCGUCCAAACACCCUAUGAAGUGCGCUUUCUGGGAAGAUUCCUGGAUUUCAUCAAUGUCUUGUCUUAUGACUUACAUGGAAGUUGGGAAAGGUUCACAGGACAUAAUAGCCCCCUGUUCUCUCUGCCUGAAGAUCCCAAAUCUUCGGCGUAUGCUAUGAAUUACUGGAGAAAGCUUGGGGCGCCCUCAGAGAAACUCAUGAUGGGGAUCCCCACCUAUGGACGUACCUUUCGCCUCCUCAAAUCCUCUAACAGUGGGUUGCAGGCCAGAGCGAUGGGACCAGCAUCUCCAGGGAAGUACACCAAGCAAGCAGGCUUAUUGGCUUAUUAUGAGAUUUGCUCCUUUGUCUGGGGAGCGAAAAAGCACUGGAUUGAUUAUCAGUAUGUCCCAUAUGCCAACAAAGGGGAGGAGUGGGUUGGCUAUGAUGAUGCCAUCAGCUUCAGUUACAAGGCAUGGUUUAUAAAGCGAGAGCAUUUUGGGGGGGCCAUGGUGUGGACAUUGGACAUGGAUGACGUCAGGGGCACUUUCUGUGGCACUGGUCCUUUCCCCCUUGUCUACGUAUUGAAUGAUAUCCUGGUGAGGGCUGUGUUCAAUUCAACUUCUUUACCACAAUUUUGGCUGUCAUCCACUGUGAAUUCUUCAAGCACUGACCCUUCAAGCACUUCAAGGCUGGCUGUGACCAAGGCAUCGACCACUGAUAUUAAGGUUUUGCCUCCAGGAGGAGAGGCUGAGGUCACUGAGAUCCAUGGAAAGUAUGAAAAUAUGACUAUAACCCCUAGAGGCACAACUGUGACCCUUACAAAGGAAACUGUAUCCCUUGGAAAGCACAUUGUAGCUCUAGGAGAGCAGACUGAGAUCCCCGGGGCAAAGACCAUGAGUUCUGUGGGUCAUCAGUUCAUGACCCCCGGAGAGAAGGCCCUGACCUCUGUGGGUGAUCAGUAUGAGCCCUCUGGGAAGAAGACCCUGACCCCUGUGGGUUAUCAGUCCAUGACCCCUGGGGAGAAGACCCUGACCCCCGUGGUUCAUCAAUCUGUGACCCCGGUGAGUCAUCAGUCCAUGAACCCUGGAGAAAUGACUAUGACCCCUGUUCAUUUUCAGACUGAGACCCUUAGAGAGAAUGCAAUGGCCCCUAGAACGAAGGCUGUGGCCCUUGAAAAGGUGACUGUCCUCUCCAGAAAGGUAUCAGUCACCCCUGAAGGGCAGACUAUGCCUCUAAGAGGGGAGAAUUUGACUUCUGAGGUGGGCAAUCACCCCAAGAUGGGUAACUUGGGUCUUCAGAUGGAAGCUGAAAACAGGAUGCUGCUGCCCUCCAGCCCUAUCAUCCAGCUCCCGGAACGCACUCCUCCACCUUUUGACAACCGCUUUGUUCCCAUCUAUGGAAACCAUUCCUCUGUCAACUCAACAACCCCUCAAACAAGUCCUCUCUCUCUAAAAAAAGAAAAUCCAGAAAACUCUGCUGUGGAUCAAGGAACCUAAGCCCUGGUGGUGUCAGAAACCAGAGAAAACCCUUGUCUUCUCUUCUAAGUAACACGAUGGGUGCCGACUCAUCCUGGGGCAAGGCAGGCAUCAAAACCGCAAUUGGCCAAUCUCUUUUCUGUUAAAUAAACUGGAAACACAAGAACCCA